GCUUAAGUCGGUCAUUUUAGCUUUGACGGCAGGAAUGGCUCCACAUUUCAUAAUCAUUUAAACGCCACUCGGGAAUGUUCGUUGCAAAUCACGAUGAAUCAUUUAUACUCGAACAUUUUGUGUGAUCUGCGUCACUUCAAGAACACACGAGGGGAGAUGGCAGAAGCUGGGCCUUCGCAUGGCUUGACAUCAAAACGUAAAUCAACGACAAUAAAUGGUGAAUCGAGUCGGGCAAAAUUACCGCGAAGAGACUGCAGUAUAAAAAGAUGUUCUUUGAAACGUGCUGGAUAUUUUCUGCUCGGACCAAGGCUCGGUAAUUCACCUGUCCGCAGUAUAGUACAAUGUUUAGCAAAACGCGACGGAACUGAUGACUUUUACUGUUUGAAAAUGUUAACAAUUGAAGACCCAGGCCGAGAAACGCAAGAUGAUAAGCAGGGAAAGAUGUUGCUUCAUACAGAAUACUCGUUGCUCUCUCUUCUCCAUAAUCAAGAUGGUGUGAUUCAUCAUCAUGGAUUAUUUCAAGAUGAAUUCACAGAGGAGCUGUGUGAUCGGGAUUCAAACGGUGUUAGAACUGGGAGAGUUAGAAAACGAGUGUGUCUGAUUCUUGAUUGUUUGUGUCCUCAUGAAUUCAGCGACGAUACAGCGGAUUUGAUUAAUUUACAACAUUAUGUGAUCAGAGAGAAAAAGCUAAACGAGAAGGAAGCCAUCUUAAUAUUUUCAGACAUUGUGCGUGUUGUCGAGAGCUUACAUUCGAAAAAUAUUGUACACAGAGACUUGAAAUUGGGCAAUAUUGUGUUAAAUAGAAGCACUAAAAAAAUCACAAUUACAAACUUUUGUUUGGGAAAACAUCUCAUUCGAGAAGAUGAUUUGUUAAAAGAUCAAAGAGGAAGCCCAGCCUACAUCAGCCCUGAUGUUUUGAGUGGAGCACCUUAUUCUGGCAAGGCAAGCGAUAUGUGGGCACUUGGUGUGGUUUUGUACACCAUGUUGUAUGGUCAAUUUCCAUUUUAUGAUAGUGUACCACAUGAACUUUUCAGAAAGAUCAAGGCGGCCGAAUUUACCAUACCAAGUGAUGGGCGUGUAACAAGCUCAACAACAAAACUCAUCCAAACACUUCUGGUUUUGGAUCCGAAGAAAAGACUGACUGCUUCACAAGUACUCACUGUUUUAGGUGAAACUAUGAGAAAAUGGUAUCUCUCACGUACCAUGCUAUCCCCAGCACAUGUUGUGCCAGAUAUUGAUGACAACUCAGAGGAAGAUGGAAAUGAUGAGAAAAAGAAGGAAGAAAGGAAAAAAGAUUUUGAAAGAAAGCUGAAUAAUUUGGAUGGUGAUUUCAUUAAAAGAGACAGAAGUUAUUUUGUACCAAGGAUUGGUAACCUACCCACUGUGAGAAGACUGGGCUAUGAUGCGAGGAAAUUAACUCCAGCUGAACUGCUCACAAAACGACAUUUGUUUUAAUAGUGAGUAUUUUAAACUGCAUUCACACUGCGAUUUGUCAGGCAAUUUUAAAUACACUUUAGGGCAAUAUUUGAAAUAUAUCUGGCCAAAUCAACAUGAAAUUAUAUACUCUCUAAAUACCAUUCAGCAUGAGCCAAAAUUGCCAUGCCAAAUCACUGUGUGAAUGCAAUUUUAACCCUUUUAGAGUUUGGUGGGGGGAAAGAUGCUGGUUCAUCAAUCGUGUAUUAUUUAAGAUUGCAGAUUUUAUAAUUUAGUAAUCUUUUAACUAAAACCUAUGUCUUGUAGACGAAUAUCUUAUGCCUCAUAUUGAGAUAAGAUUUUGAGUGUUAUUUUUUUACUGGAGGGAAAGCGAGGUUAGGCAUUGGUAACCAAUAAGAAUUGUCUUAACAAUUAUCCCUAAUAUUAGGGCUUUUUACAAUGAUACUGUGAAACAUAGUUAAAUUUUAGUUUGAGUAAUGGAACACUGCUUUGAAAAUCAUUCAUGUUUCCAGCGGUAUUGUUGGAGUGAUUCCUGGUCCCAGUCUUAGUUUUACUAAGUUUCCAUCUAUCGUUAAUUCGCUACAUGUGAUUUCAAAGCAAUGUUUCUAACUUACCACGUGGAAGCAUUUUGUGAACAUGUGCUAUCAUUAUGUAUCAUAGAUGACAUAUUACUAGGUAGACACCAGAUGAUUCGUGAUGGUGUAAUCCUGUACAAAGACACAUAUGUAAUAUAUUUAACAUAAAU